UUAGUGGUAGGCACAUACCCAUUUAUCUUAGUACCAAACUAAUCUUCUUCCUUAGAAGUCCAGCAUCUGAGUUUGAAACCUGCUUUUCAACUAAUUCAUCAUUCCAUUAUCCUUCAUUCACACUCCAUUUUCCUGUAGAUCAACUCUUGACACGAAGCUACUUCAGGAAUUGCUUUGACUACUUGGAGAGAGAGAGCCUUUUCAUUCGAUUUCAGGUAAACUCAUUCUUGAUAGCAGGCUACACCCUUUCUAUUUUUCGAUUCUAAUACCUUUUUUGUCGAUGAUGAAUUCCGAUUCAGUCUCCUUCAAGUCUAUGGCUGUGCCAACAAAAGAGGAUGAAGACCCACCUAUUUCCUCCACUUCAUUGCUUUCUUUUGACACUGAUGACUGUUCCCCAUCGUCUCCUACAAAAAUUACUUUCAAUUCGGUAAUUUUCACUGCUCUGAUUCUCGUCACUUGUGUAUCUCUAUCUACAGCAAUUACCUUUGCUUUCCUCUUCUUUUCACAUUCUUCUAUCUCCUCUAUUUCGCAUGUAUCUCGCCCACUUCAAAAACUCAAACAUCCUGUUGUUCUCUUGAUUUCAUCUGAUGGGUUUCGCUUUGGGUAUCAGUACAAGACGGAUACCCCAAAUAUGGAUAGGUUGAUUAGGAAUGGGACAGAAGCUGAACUGGGUUUAAUUCCUGUAUUCCCAACUUUGACUUUUCCUAAUCAUUAUGCUAUUGUUACCGGUUUGUACCCUGCUUAUCAUGGUAUUAUAAAUAACUAUUUCCUUGAUCCGAUUACUGGAGAGCAUUUCAAUAUGGGGAGUCAUGAUCCUAAGUGGUGGCUCGGUGAGCCGCUUUGGGAGACUGUAGUCAAUCAUGGUCUUAAGGCUGCUACUUAUUUCUGGCCUGGAUCUGAGGUAAAUAAAGGAGGCUGGACUUGUCCAGAGUCUCUUUGUAAGAGGUAUAAUGGUUCUGUGCCAUUUGAAGAACGAGUUGAUACUGUUUUGAAAUAUUUUGAUUUGCCAAAUGAUGAAAUUCCAUCGUUUAUGACACUCUAUUUUGAAGACCCUGAUCAUCAGGGUCACAAGGUUGGGCCUGAUGAUCCUCAAAUCACUGAAGCCGUUGCAAGAGUUGAUGGGAUGAUUGGGAAGUUGAUCCAAGGUUUAGAAGCAAGAGGGGUUUUUGAGGAUGUGAAUAUUAUAAUGGUUGGCGAUCAUGGUAUGGUUGGCACCUGCGAUAGAAAGUUAAUUUUCUUAGAGGAUUUGGCUCCAUGGAUUGAAAUUCCAAAGGAUUGGAUACAGUCAUAUAGUCCAUUGCUUUCCAUUCGUCCACCACCAAGUUACUCUGCCAAGGAUGUCGUUACCAAGAUGAAUGAAGGCUUAAAGUCAGGGAAGGUUAACAAUGGGCAGUAUUUGAAAGUCUAUCUAAAGGAGGAACUGCCUGAUCGGCUGCAUUAUUCUGCGAGUGAUCGAAUACCACCCAUCAUUGGGUUGAUCGAUGAAGCAUUUAAGGUCGAACAGAAGAGCUCAAAAAGGUUUGAAUGUGGUGGAUCUCAUGGUUAUGACAAUGCAUUCUUCUCAAUGAGGACCAUUUUCAUUGGCCAUGGUCCUAAGUUUGCUAGUGGCCGUAAAGUCCCAUCUUUUGAGAAUGUUCAGAUUUAUAACCUGGUUACCAAAAUCCUUAAUUUACAAGGAGCAUCCAAUAACGGGACAACAUCAUUUCCAGACACGAUUCUCUUACCCAGCCACUGAGUUAUAGCUAGUUAUGAAUAUAUUCUUUAUGCUACCAGAGAACUUUUUGGAGAUACUUGUAAUGUCAUACUUGAUCUCAAAGUUGUUUUCAUAAAGCAUAGCCAAACCGAAAUCGCCUGCUGUUGGUGUACAAACAUGCUCACUUCUUCUUCUUGACUAUCCAGAUAGGUUGUUUCUUUGGCAAGAUAGACCUUUCGGUGUUUGUGAACUCGUAGAGUUUGAUAAUUAUUUCACAUUUUUCUUUCUUGAUUGGAUAUGAAAAAUGUUCUUUGUGUUU